CGCCAAGCCGUGAAUGAAGUAAAUUUCGAGAGAUGUGACCAGGCUACAUAUACUCUACGAUUCUGUUACUUUUUACGAAAUGAAGCUUAAAGAGCUAGAAGGAUACUUACAGCAAGUUGAUGUUUUUGAAAAGCCAAAAGUGGAUCUGGAACAAUAUCCAACAACGCCGCAUAUAGCGGCUCACAUGUUGUACACGAUCGACUCCACAUUUGGUGACAUUGAAGGGAAACUUGUCGGUGAUUUGGGAUGUGGAUGCGGCGUUUUAAGUAUCGGUUCAUGUAUGCUUGGAAGUGCUAUGACAGUCGGAUUUGAUGUGGACGGCGAUGCUUUAGAAAUCGCUGCUAGUAACUGCGCAGAGUUUGAGAUUCAAACAUGUGAACUUAUACAAGGUGACGUGGAACAGAUUGCAUUGUGUGACAGAUGGAGGAAAACGUUUGACACGAUCAUUAUGAACCCUCCUUUUGGAACUAAGAACAAUAGAGGUAUCUACGCAAAAUUCAGAUGCUGAUUUUUCUCAGAAUGGGUAAAUUUGAUCAAGCACUGCACCAGGCCUUGGUGGAAGCCUCGGCCAAGAUCUGAAUUAGUCUCUUGCUCAAAUAGUGCCUUCGAGCAGGCUCUCUUAACCCUUUAACCCCUAAGAGUGAUAAGCUCCUAAUUUCUCCUUACAAUAUCACCCCCAAAUCAGACAUAAAGGUAUGAAGGAAAUAGGAAAUGAUUACCAAUGAGAGAAGCUCUAGAUUGUUAAACAAACUCUCCUUGUUAGCAUCCUGGGAAAUGUAUUGAGAACAGUAUGGAGAAUAUGUCUACUGAUGUUAGGCUGUAAAGGGUCAAGCACUAUGGCAGGAGCAACAAAACCUGCAAGAUUCGAGCUGGUGAGAGGUCAGGGAGGGUUCUGGCACUCAUUAUCUCACCAGAAUCCUCAGGAACCUACUGCACACUUGAAUCAUUCCCAGGCUGGCAAUGGGCAGGCUUUGCUGCUUGUGUUGCACUGCUUGUGAGAGCCUGCACACAGAUGGCCUUUUGUUACCAUGCUGGACUCUAGUUGAACCCUUUUAUCCCCAAGAGUGCCUGGCAUCUAAUUUCUCCCUACCAUAUCACACCUGAAUCAAACAGGAAGGUCAGGAGAAUAAAGGAGCUGAUCACUGAUUAAAGAAGCUCUUGAUUGUUAAACAAAUUCUCCAUGUUGACAUCUUAGCAAAUGUUUAGAGAACAGUAUGGAGAAUAUGCAUACUGAUUUAAGGUGUUGAGGGUUAAAAGGUCUGAGUUCAAGCCCUGGUCAGGUCACAUUAUUGUGCUCUUAAGUAAGACCUUUCACUCUGAUGGUGUCCCAUCCCUUGCAAGUAUAUGAAUGGGGUUACCAGUCAUUUCUUACCAACAGUCGUUUCAUAUCCAGCUCAGUUGAUUCAUAUCCAGCUUAGUUGAUUCAUAUCCAGCUCAGUUGAUUCAUAUCCAGCUCAGUUGAUUCAUAUCCAGCUCAGUUGAUUCAUAUCCAGCUCAGUUGAUUCAUAUCUAGUCAGUUGAGAUUUUUUGUACCCAUUCUAACAAAAUAUAUUUUCCAUGUCAAGUAUGGUUAGAGUAAGGUCAGUUUCUUAUUUUAAAUAGCUUAUUACUUGUGUUCAAUAAGUUUUAGGUACAUGGUGUCCAAAAAAAGUACAAGUGUAAACAAUAAACUGUUCUAUCAGAAAUACCACACUUACCUUGCAUUAGGCAAUAAUUUAGUUGUUUUUGUUUGUUAGAUCACGAGUAUACACAGUAGAAUUUUGUUUGUUUCUUACUCCCUUGACUCUACUAACGUUUUGUACACAAACAAUCAACAUCUGUUUACAUUCACUCAAAUGAAUGUACAUUGGGAUAGGUACAAAUUGACAAGUGGUUCAGGUACAAAGCAACUCAAACUGGGCACAAAUCAACUGAGUUUGGGUAUGAAACAAUCAUGGGCACAAAAUGACUGGAUACCACUUAUGGGUACCAUUGAACUGUUUUGAAAACAUAAAGAAUUGCUGAUAGAUUAGCAUCCUAUUCAGAGGUGACUUUGGUAUAUGGUGUGACUGCAUUCAGUUUUAAGGACACUUAAGCCAUGAGUGACUAAGAAAGAAUUUCUCACUACUAUAUCUAUACAAUAUCAUGCAGACAAGUGAUGAAAAUAAAGAAAAAUAUCAAUUGUCGCAUUACUAAUUGACCUGAUAGCAAAUUCUCCAAACUAACAUGAUGAGAAUCAUUUUGCAGACGGUAAGGAGAAUUACUAAUGAGAUCUUGCGUGUUAAAGGGUUAAGCAAAUAAAUGCACUCCCAGAUAACUUUGGAUUACUCUGAUUUUACUUCAUCACACUUAUGAUUGGUCUAAAAUACUCAAGCCACCUUCUCAUAAAAUCAGGUGCAAAAUUUAAAUAUAGCAAUUAUGACUUGGUUUCCCCUGCUUUUCAGGCAGUUUGCUUGGUUUUAUUAUUUGAUAAUUACCUCUGUUCUGAUUAGUUUGAUUUUGGUUUUAGGAGAUGCAAUUGAAUUGGGUUUUAAUAAUUGUUCUUUAUUGAUUUUCUUCUAGGUAUUGACCUCAAAUUUCUACAGCAGGCCAUCAGUAUGUCUAAUACAGCUGUUUAUUCUCUGCACAAGACAGCCACAAGGGAACACAUCAAGAAAAAGGCUUGUGAAUGGGGAGUGAAAUUGGAAGUGUUGGCUGAACUUCGCUUUGACUUGGCGGCCAGUUACAAGUUUCACCGCAAAAAGACAGUUGAUAUUGAGGUAGACUUCAUAAGAAUAGACUGUUCAAACAGCUGACAGCUGAGGUGAAUGAAGAGUUCGGUUAUUUGAAUUAUCUGCAGUUGUAUUAGGAGCACUGUUUAGUGUUUAUCUAAGAUCAAAAAACAAUUGAAAGUCAGUUGAAAAGAAACGUGAUGUUGUUACCAAGGCUUACUUCGAAUGAGUCAAUUAAAAGAUGAACCUUAAGAUCGCUGCAUCAGAUGUAGACAAAGACUGGUUUGAUUGGUCUGAAUAAUAGGCGAUCGGUGAUUUGAAGCGUCGCUUGUUAACUGCUUUCAGAACAACUGUCUUGUGCAAAGUGCAAGUCACGUGCAAGUUACGCCCUCCUUAGUUUCGGGCGUAACUCGUCUUUCGUGCUUACAUUGUGCACGCAUUCAUUUGGUUUCCAAAAUACCGUAAAACUAAAGAAAAUAUGACGCCUAAUCUGUAUGUUACGCGUGAGAGAGGAUUCACUCAUUAGAUAUUGUGCUUAUCGACUGAUGGCUGAAUAUUUAAAAAGGGUGAAGCUUGAAUUCAUUAUCACGCGAUCAAAAUUAGGGGAAACAUUUUUUGAAUGCUUAAGUUAAAAUUGUCUGGGCACUCAAACUUCACAGCGAGACGGAUAGCGCCAGGCCACUGUUUUUCACUUCUCAAUUUCUGCUUUAUAUGCGUUAUAUACAUGCGUUAUUGACUAAGCUUGAGGUCAAUAUGGCUCCAUAUUGGCCGAGUUCUUUUUCUGCGUUGUUAUGGA